AUAAUUAACCACUUCAAACCUUUAUUUUUUAAUAUCAAACAGUUCUUCUCGCACCAUGCUUUUCAAAGUUUACCUCUUCAUGCUCACCCUGCUAGCGGCCGACCUAGUGACUGCUCGUGUGUGUUUGGGAAACGCGAUUCAAUGCUACUAUCCAACCGGGCGUUGCGCUAGGACCUGCGUAGCGAUCGACUGCGUAUGCCCCGACGCUAGGCCGGGCCUAGGCGGACAGCUGACAAGAUCAAAAUGUAUCGAUAUCGUCAAGGCUUUGGGUCGCCACCAGUGCUAGGUCCUUAGGAUUUCUAAAGAAAAUUGGUGACGACUACUGUUAUAAGUGAAGGACUUGGGGGUAGAUGACGUCGCAAGGGUGGGCACAAGUCACGUCUUGUCAUGUUGGAUCAUUGGACAAAAAGAAAGGAAGUAGGCUUCGUAGUCCAAGUAAUCUGAGCAUUUGCGGGGAUAGGUACGACUUUUCCAUCCCCUCAUGUUACGUACGCAACGAAAAGCCGACACAGUCGUCUCCUUCCC